ACAUUUCAUGAUUGCAUGAUUUGUACUCCAAUAUAAUCUCAGAGUCUAUGAAUAUUGUAUGUUAAGAACUGGAAAGUCAUGAUUGUUAAUGUGCCUCAUUUAAUUCUGUGAAGGGCUGCCUCACAGUUUUUUUUUAAUGAGUGACAUGAAUUGAAAAUCCAUUCAUACAACACAGAGAGCAGGUGCUCGUGCACAAAUCAGUGAUUAUCUGGGAUUUUCAGAUUAAUGCACACAAGCACAGUGACAUUGAUUGAAAACCACCAUGCAUACGAACACACAUAGAAAUUCAAAGCAAAACAAGUUCCUGUUCCUUGGGGUUUCAGCGCACACUGGGCAAUAUUUUGUUCAACUCCACAGGCAGCACAAAACACAGCUGCACAAAUUUGUCAUACGGGAUGACACUGUUCAGUAAAUGAGAUUAAAGUGGUCAUCGUAAUGGAGGCAAAAGUUGGCAAAGUUAUGAUUGCCAAGAUUUCCUCAAUGAAACGCGAAUGUAAAUGUUUGUUGGGUAAUUACGCGAUCAUCACUACAUAUAACAAAGAAUGUUUUUUUUUGUUUUGUUAUGUUUUGUUUUUUUAAUUUUGCAUGACUUCAUCUGUACGCAAUUCCUCUUCCUCCAGUUAAAGUACAAAUACUUUUUGAAGGCACAAGGCUUGGAUGUGCCGCACAAUAUUCUCUUUUUAUCUUUGCUGUCCUGUUCAUGCUGAAACUCAACAGACAAAGAUCAUUUUAGACUGUUGUGGGUCAAUUGUAUGAUAUUUCAAUUUUGAUAUUUCAAUUUAGAAAUUUAGAUAAUUGUUUUCAAAUUAGUAGUGGCACAGUGGUCAUUGUUGUGUUCAUAAAGAAGCUGCGGUCAUAAGCGUUUAUGACUAGUGGCUCAGAAAAACAAACACAGCAGCAUUUUGUGAGAAGCAAGAGCCGUAGGGAGAUAACUUUGUUUGCGUUACCUUUUACUGUGGCCAUCUGCACCUUCCUUCCGUGACACUUAGUGUGCACUGCUGAAACCUCAAACGGGAAGUAGGCGCGGCUUAUGUUGACAGACUGUGAUGCACAAUGUAUAUCCAUUCCAUGAUGUCAAUUGUUUGUCAAAAGACAGUGGUGUGAAGAACAAGCAAGCACGAUAUUUUUGAUGAACCUUUUGUACAUUUAAUUUUUUUUUUUUUAUGGACUUUGUUUUUUUUCCCCUCUGGAAUUCAGUUGGACUAACAAUUUUGGAGUCAAUAUUUCUUGGUUAACAAGCACAUUUUCUCCAAGAACUGAGAAUGAGAAAUAUUUUGUGCUUCUAAGGAAAGAGUGACUCUGAUCUGUUGCGUAUCUGUAUUGAACUUUGUUGCAAUGCCCGCGAUUGUUCUCGAGGCUAGUGACUUUUCAAGUCCUCUUUUUUUGGUGAGGUCAUGCGAGGUCCUGUUUAGUUGUACUACAUUCAGUCUGGUGACUGCACUAGAAUCAUCAGAGCUAACCAAGAAUCCGCUGCAUCUUCAACACCUCCCCACCAUCAAGAUCUUCUGCAUAUUUACCUGGUGCUUCUUCUUCACAGUGACCCUGCUGAUCCACCUUCUCAGCACCAUCCAAUUUCACAGCCUCCUUCCAGUGUCAUGGAAAAACCUGACUGUGACCGUGGCAGUUUUGGGGUCUCUGAUGUGUCUCAGCGCCUCCGUAUUUUUUCCAUGGCUCAUCAUGGAGCGCCAAAAAGCCUGGCCACGACCUGCGGCGGCUGCCGUGACAUCAGUCCUCACUUUCCUCGCCUACGUCUCGGAGUCCUACGUCCUCAACUCCCAAGUCCAGGAGCAAAAAGGUUUUAUGGGCAGCCUACCUGGUCUUCUCAAGAUUGUGCAACUUUGGGGAAGUUUUCAUGUGAUUCCUCUGUUUGUGGAAGAAGAUCAUGGCCUGUCUAAUGGAUUCCAUCGUUGGCAGCCGUGGGUGUCUGGAACGUCUUAUGGCGUCUGUAUCCUCAUGUCUCUUGUCACAAUGGUCGUAAUAUGGGGUGAAUUUGCAGGGCGGUGUUGUCUCCCUUUUGACAGAUUAAUGCUUGGCUUCACGAUUAUUGGACUCCUGCUAUAUAUGGUUGCUACCGUAAUUUGUUUUAACAAGCUACUAAAGCUAAUCAACAGUGAAAACAAAAGUUCAGAGCUGGUUAUAAUGGAGGUAGUGGUUGCUUUUAUCACACUGUUAUCUUAUACUGUGGACCUUACAUUCUCUAUUAAAGUCUUGUGUGACAGGAGUCACACAUGAAUGAACUCUUUGUGAUAAA